UGCCAGGAUUGUGGGCGACGUGAAAGUGGGCCACAGGGACACCAUGGGUGAGUGCUUCCACAACCGCUCCGUCUGGUUUUUCUACAACAGCACAGGCAAGGAACUGAGUCCGAUCUGGCGGACCAAGGACAAGCUGGUGGUGUCACUGGGCCUGCUGGUCUGCGUCAUCAUUAUCCUGGCCAACCUGCUGGUCAUCGUGGCCAUCGCCAUCAAUCGCCGCUUCCACUUCCCCAUCUUCUACCUGUUGGCCAACCUCGCGGCCGCUGACCUCUUCUCUGGCGUGGCCUACAUGUUCCUCAUGUUCCACACCGGCCCACGUACCAUACAGCUCAGCGUGCGCACCUGGUUCUUCAGGCAGAGCCUUCUAGACAUCAGCCUGACUGCUUCAGUUGCCAACCUCCUGGCCAUUGCAGUGGAGCGCCACCAGACCAUCUUCCAGUUCCAACUGCACAGCAAGAUGAGCAACCAACGCGUGAUUAUUCUCAUUGGCUGCAUCUGGUGCACGGCUGUUCUCAUUGGAUUUAUCCCGCACCUCGGCUGGAACUGUAUCUGCCAUCUGUCUACCUGCUCUCGGAUGGCACCGCUCUACAGCCAGAGCUACCUGAUUUUCUGGGCUGUCUCCAACCUGGUCAUCUUCGGCGCCAUGUUGCUCAACUACCUUCAUAUUUACUAUUACGUCAAGCAGAAAACCCAACGUAUGUCUCGCCAUACGUCAUUCCAGCAACGCCACAAGGACACCAUGAUGAACCUCAUGAAGACCGUCGUGAUGGUUCUGAGUGCGUUUGUGAUCUGUUGGACCCCAGGCCUGGUGGUGUUGCUGCUUGAUGGGGUGGAUUGCCGGAGCUGUGACAUCCUGAAGGUGGAGAAAUACUUCCUGUUACUGGCUGAGCUGAACUCCCUGAUUAACCCACUGAUCUACUCAUACCGUGAUGAAGAGAUGCUGCACACCUUCCGUCGGAUCCUCUGUUGGCCGUGUAAUCGCAGUGGUACCUUCCAGGACCCCAUCAAAUCUCACAUUCUCAUGCAGCAGAUGCUGACCUCCAACCAACGGGCCUCAACCUCCCAGGAACACUCCACCUUGUAAACAUGGUGCCUGAGCAAACCCAGGGCAUCCCUUCUCCCUGCCUCUAAAUAAACCCCCAAUCCCAAAUACCCCUGAAUAUAGCCCAGGGCUUCUGUGUCGGGUUACACAGAAAGAUCCCAGGUGAAGUCAAGCCCUUUCAAAGGUCAACCUUUUGUUCUGAUCAGACAAUCCCCACCCCCAGAGUAUGGUGAGGGGGGUAAUUGGUUGUGGGGGUUGCCAAGUCAUUGUCUUCUCUCCCAGAGGCUCAGGGAAUUCCUAGAGUGGGACCCUCCAUCUGAAAUGACUUGCUGAUCGAGGAGGAGGGGUCUGGGGCGUUUUACUGCAGGCCGCAAGAUGCCCUGUCGGGCAUUUACUAACCACCUCUUUUCAGUAUAUCCACUCCCACUCCUUCCUGUCCCCAGGAAGAAUCCAUCCAGGAAAUACCCAAGUGCCUGGCUCUGGGAGGGAGGGAAGAAAGGGGCGCUCUAACAUUUCCCACUGGAAUUCCGGGAUCAAGCGGCAGUCCCAAUGUCUGCAACAAUCCCACGUCUAUGGGGACUGACCUUGGCUGAUCUUCUGAAUGGGACAAGAGCUUAGGAAGCGAGCCUCGACAGGAUUGCGUUUGAUUCCUUGUUUCUGGAGCUACAGGAUAAGGGGGAGGGAGGGGAACGUGGUGUACCUUUUCCAGUCUUGAUCUUGUUUUUGAAGAAGAAAUUGACCUGCUUGCAAGAACAGUAUUCUCAUGAUCACAUUUUGUUCCCAGUCUGUUGUGUGGAACCACUCGGGCAAAACACCCACCUAACUGUGGCUGCGUUUUUGAGACUGGAACUGAGAAAGACGUUUUGUUUGUAAAUGCCUUAACCACAUUUCAUGAUGUCUUGCCAAUUUCUGCUGAGAGUGCUGUAAGACACAGGGAGGGGUUGGUAUGGGGAAAAGGUGGGUGACAAGAGUUUGAGAUUUGUGGCUCUCUCCGCUGCCUGCUCUCUGGGCUGUGGCUUACCCAAGGUUGUCACAGGAGGUGAUAGGGGCCUCAUGCAGUUCACAGGAGUGUCACAGUAAAUCACCUGAGGCCGACUCUAACCCCUCCCAGACUAGUCCUGAGGGGAGGGGGUGGUCCCUGGGAUACUUUACUUUGAAAAAUUGCCCUCAUUUUCCAAGCUGGGGUUGGGGCAGCUGGACCAUCUAUACCCACACUGUGAGCUAUCCAAAGCCCAUAGGCCUGGAAGGUAAUCUCCUGUUGGUUGGGAGUCUUGGGUUUCUGGAGCGGGUCAUAGUUGAAUUAGGGCCUCCCAUGGAUGGAUAGCUUCCUGAUGCUUGACCAUGUUUGAGCUCAGGAUGGGCCUGCCUGACUGAAAAUGUACGAUACAAACACACGCAUGCACCACAUACACACACGUGUGCUCUCUCUCUCUUGCUUUCCCCCUGCAUGUGCUCUCUCAUGUACUGUGUAAGUAUGUGUUUCUAAUUCUGUCUUUCUCACUCACUCGCCCUUGCACUCUCUCAAACAAUCUGUGUAAUGUUCUGUCUGUCUCUUUGAGUCUGCAUUCUUUCUCUUGUGCUCUGUCUCUCUUUUUCUCUCUGCCUGUCGAUUUUUCUUUCUGCGCCUUUUUUUCCUUGUGCUCUCUGUCCCUCUCUUUCUCUGCCCCCAUCUCUCUCACAUUCUGUUUCACGUACUCCCAUGCUCCAUCUGCUUCUUGCUCUCACUAAUCCACCCUGAAGCCAAUAAUCCUUUGUAUUUCACGGAGAGAUUGUCAGUUGUUCAAACAUGUUCCAUUUUAACUGUUGCACUGACUUCCAGCAUCAGUUAAUCACCUGGGCUACCCAGCGCAGCCCUCCUGCCCCAGGCGGGGGGGAGAAUGUGCUCUCAUCCUCCUGUGGGUGUGGUGACUGUGAAGAAAUUAUUCUUGGGCUCUGUUGCGUGGGGGGAACCUGUGAGACUGGCAUCUGCCCCCAAAGGGAAACAAUGCAGUGUUUUGAGGGGCUGCCCCCCAGCUGCCUCAACAGGGACUCUUGGGUGAUGAGAUCCUGCGUGUGUGUGUGUGUGUGUGUGUG